GCCAUUUGACAGGGCCAGCGCUAGCCGCUGACGUGUUUCCAGUUACACAAAAACACGAUUCAAUUUAGCUCUCAGCAUAAUUUCGCAUAUUUAACUGACAAUAUGUGAUAUUGUGAUUCUGACAACAUAUUAGCAUAAUAAAUGUUCAGACUUACACCGAAAGUGAGGCUCCAAAUUAACCAAUACAACAACAACAACAGGGAUAGCGGUUAGCACUGAGAAGUAGCGGCCACGGCAACAACAAACGAAGUGGAAAGCCAGCCGCACUAAACUGUAGCCGUGGCCACAAUCGAGCAGCAGCAACUGCAAACACAUAAACGCAGACAGAGAGAAACACAUACGCAUUGAGGUUGCCCCCAACUUAAAGAAACAGCACAGACAUGGCGCUGCUGACGAUGAUUGCCCGUGUCAUAGAUGGCCUGCCACUAGUUGGCACCAUGCAGGAUGAUGAGCAGAGCGGACGCAGCAUCUUGGACUAUCAAAAUCAAGCGAAAAUGCUAUUUCGCAAGCUGGGAACACACUCGCCGGCGCGCAGCAGCAUCGAAACCGGACCAUAUCUAUUUCACUAUCUUAUCGAGAACGAUGUUUGCUACUUGGUAAUGGUUGAUAAAAUGUAUUCAAAACGCUUGGCAUUCAACUAUCUGGAGGAUCUGGCGCAGGAGUUUCACACAAACUAUGGCAGACGUGUCAAUUCGGUGACACGCCCUUAUGCCUUCAUCGAGUUCGAUGUGUACAUACAGAAGGCGAAAAAGCAAUUGACAGACCGCAGGCGAAACAUUAGCAACAUCAAUACACAACUGCAGGAUGUGCAGCGUAUCAUGGUCCAGAAUAUUGACGAUGUGCUGCAACGUGGCACCGUGUUGGCAGAGCUGGACACAAAAACGCAAAACCUUUCGAUGAUGUCGCAGAAGUAUAAAAAGGAUGCCAAAUUGCUAAAUCGCAAAUCGAUGUACGUGAAGGCGGCCGCCGUUGGCACUAUAUUUCUAGUGUUUAUACUAUACUUUUGGGUUUUGUAAUAUAUGUAUGUACGUUAGUCGCAUUAGUUGUUAGUUGUUAAAUUGUAAUUGGCGUUGUUUGCGAUGCGCCGAUGAUGAUGAUUGCUGUUGUCUCUGUCGUCGUCGUCACUGCCGGCCAAACGUCAUAGACGUGUUGAAUAGAGGAGCAGCAGCAGCAGCAUAGCGGCAGCAAGUGUGCCGCUUGUUAUAAAGGCCAAAAGACAUUUAAAUAUAUUAUAUUCUAAUUGUAUAACAACAGCAGUAACAACACUAGCAACAACUACAACAGCUAGAUAAUAAUGUCCACUAAUUGGGUGGCACGCAUUUUUGAUAUGCGCCGCGCUUGCUUUAAUUUACAUUAUGCUUUGGGUUUAAAUUUCAUUUCCACAUACACACACAUUCACACACACACACCCAGAAAGAGAGAGGCAACGAUAAGCGAAACAACUCCAUAAACCAUCGAUAAUAUACACAGUUCCAUUGA